CUUCCGCCAACAACCGAAAACAGCGGCAAAUUUGAAAGCUGUCUGGCUGUCGUUCGGUGCUGUUUGUGUUUCUGUGUUCACUGUAUGUUUAAUUAUUUCGGAAAUAUGUAAGGUUUUGCUACACUUUAACAGAGAUUAUUGGCAAAAUAAUACGGAAAGUGUGUCCUAAUCGAAGUAACGUUUAAGCACUUUUCCGAGUCUAGGCAAAAGAAUAGUUAACAUGGAUACGUCGACACGCUUUUUCGCCAAGUUGCGGAGUCUGGCUGUGUUCUUGGACACGGAGAGAGCCAACCUGGAACACACUGCGAGCCAAAACCUGGACCUGGACCAUGAUGAUACAGAAAGCGGCGCAGUCAAAGCACUACAUGAGCUCCAUUCUGAAGUUCGACAACUCAAGAAACAGGUCCAAAGCCAACUGGCAUCUCAGGAAGAUGGGAGUAAUGAGCUAAGGAGCUUCAUUAAAGCCUGCAUGGUGCUAAAACAGCGGACCACGGAGGACAUUGAACGGAUUCAGAGGCACUAUGAAAAAUAUGGCUACAAACCACACAAAGCUGUCCUGAAGCCAGAAGUUAAUUGCAAAGGUGAGGCGGAUGAAAGAUUAUCUGUAGAUGAUGAGCCAGAAGGUACUUUCUCUGAGGAGACAGCAGGAGAUGAAAAGGGGCCUGUUGAAGCUCCAGAGUGUGAGACACCUGAGAAGAUGCCAAUUCCAGCUGUGGACCAAAUGCGCACUCCACAGCUCUCGGAUUUCGGCCUGUCUGCACUUCACCUGCAAACAAUGCUUGGAAAUUCUCAAAUGUCUCAAUACGUAGCUCCUGCUCCAGCUCUCACGCCUCCACCGCUUAUCUUAAAAAUGCACGAAUUCCAGCCAAAGACACCAAAGUGCUCUCUGAGUAUGGAUGAGGAGGCCCUGACCCCUCGACUGGAAGACUUUGGAAUCACAGAAAGCACAAUGUGUUUUAAUAAUGAUUUCACUAUGGACCUGUUUCGCAAGAAACCACCAAAAGACAGGCAGACUAACAGCACAACACAAGAGAUUGCUCAGAAACCACCACACAGCCUGCCUAUAGCCCCAUCAUGUGUCACUCCUGGGAGGCUUUCUAGUGACAGUAUGGAGUCACCAGAGGUGCCUGUGUUUUCUACUCUGGAUAUAAAGAUAAACAGACAUCUCGGUCAGUCGUGUUCUCUGCGAGACGGAGUGUGUGAUUCAGAGUCCCCCUCACAGCAGAGUGCUGCCAAUACUACACCUGAACUCCCUAAAUUUGAGACACCUUACAUCAAUAAGCUCAUCAGUGCCAGAAAGGAAACUAAACAAAAUGAAGGGUGGUGUUUCAAAGGCUCACUAAAGAGCACAUCCAGCCAGGCUGAAGGCCCAUCUGUGAUAGUUUCAUCUCAUGAGAUGCCACAAAUGCCAGUCAGCCUCUCUCAGAUGGAGGACACUACACCUGAAAUGCCAAGAUUGCAGUCAUAUUUUGGCAGCACUUUACCUUGUCUAGGAACAGCUAAUCAGUCAGCAGUGACUGAGCCUGCAGGUCCUCUGCAGCAGGCUGAUGAACACACUCAGGAUUGGUGUCUGACCACACCGCGUAUCCGCAUGGACUUUGAUGUUGAUCCAUGUACACCUGAGAUGCCAGAUUUGAGCUCCGUCACACAAGAUAUCAUUAAACUUGUGGCUCAGGCUAACAAUAAACAACCCACCACUACAGCAGUACACACAAGCUCAAAGGCCAGAUUGAAUACACUGCCCCCUGGGAAGGAGAACAGAACUCAGAGUGUUGCUCAAAUAUCUGAAAAAGAGUUUCAUGGGCUGCCCUCUUACAUGAAACAGAUCCCCCUCAUCAGUCUCAACCUGGCACUCAACAAAAUCAGCCAAGUACUCGAGAAGCGGCGCACAGAUGGUGAGACAAACUCUGAAGAAUUUCGUAUGGAAGAUCUGAGAACGGUACUGGACGUGGGACCUCAGGCUACCCUGUACAUUUUGUGUCUUGUUGAGCUGAAAAGAUUGGAAAACAUGCAUGGAUUUGGAAGUUUUAGGAUUGUAACCAAAGCAUAAAAAUACCUUUACAGUUGCUAGGAAGUUCACACAGAUUUGGGUUUGUACUGGCAACAUGCUUUGACACGUAAAUAGAAUCUGAUGCAGAAUUCUGAUGUUUUCAAUGACACCCCACUAAGUGUUUUUCUGCUUCAGUACCAAAUGUAGUUAUUACUGACAUACUAUGUAGUUUAUUGUGCUUAUAAUAAAAUGUUUUAUAUCCAAAUUUAA